AUGAGACACUAGAGGAAUAGAGGAGGAAGAAAAAAAAAAUCAAGAUAAUUUUCUUCCUUUUGUUUUCUGUAAAUUUCUUCAUAAUUUUUUUUUUUAAUAUCUUUUCACUUUGUUGAAAAAAAAUCAUGGUAACUUCUAAGGCCUUCCUCUCAUUCCUCUUAAUUAAUUUAUUUUCAAAUUUUCAUCUUUGUUUUAGCGACGGUUUGGAUUCGCUAUUAUCUGGAAUUGUUAUGAAAGAUGCACAAUGCAUGCAAAAAUUGCUUCCUUGUCAACCAUAUUUGAAGAAUCCAACCAACCCUUCUCCAGCAUGUUGUUCACCUUUAAAUGAGAUAGCAAUAAAUUCAUCUGAUUGUCUUUGCAAUCUCAUGAAUAAUCCUAAGCUUUUUCUUUCCUUAGAUGUUUCUAAGGAUGAAAUUUUGAAGCUUCCAAAUGCUUGUGGUAUUAAUGUUGAUACCUCUAAGUGCAAUGCAGAAGGAACCGUACCAACACCAUCAGAAGUUGAUGAAACACUGAGUGAAGAAGAAUCUACUGAAGAAUUUUCAUCCAGCUCAAGAAAAAUGGUUACUCCAUAUGGAAUAAUUUCCUUUGUUGCAUUGUUGACAGCUCUAGUAUUUUCUGCAUACUAGGCUUAGAUACUUGGGGGUAUAUUGGUAAAAAGAAAACAGGUCUGAUGUAUGAGCUGAAAUUUCUCUUUUUGAGGCUUGGUUAUGUGAAUUUUUUUAUGUCAUGACUAAAAAAAGGAGUUAAGAACAUGAUUUUAGAAA